UGCUCUUGUCUUGCGGAAGGUCCGUCAUCCCGGAAGCGCGUGUGUUUAUUUGUUGAAACGUUAUUAAGAACAGACAAAUCUUUACUAGUAUCUAGCGAUAAAGGUUCAGCUCGGGUUCUAAAUUAGUAUGAGCGUCAAUAUAUGCUUAAAGGGCUGCAGUGUCGACAUUUGCUUUGCUAGCUAGAAGUAAACAGUCACCUAACGUUAGCUUGCCAGCUACAGUAUGUCCAGCGAGGCAGUCCUAACUGUACGGUUGGUAAGGUCUUUUGAGCACCGAAAUUUCAAGCCAGUUGUAUUUAGUGGCGUGAAUUUAGAUCAAAUGGUCCAGGAAUUUAUCCAGUUUGUGAAAAAUGAAGUUAGCAUGAGAGCCGGUCUACCACCCCCCUUCAAGAAUUUUGGCUAUGACACAAUGAAGAUCAUCCACCAGGCACAUGGAGCAAAGACAAAUGAGUUGGUGAUGAGUUUGGAGGAUGAUGACAAGCUUAUUCUGCAAGAUGGACUAACCCUAAGAGCUGCGGGCAUUGCAAAUGAAACAGAAUUGGCCUUCUUCAGGAAAGAGGAUUAUAAGCUCUUUAAAGCCAACCCCCAACCGGCCUGGUGGUAAGGGUGUUUACUGGCCUUCAUCCCCCACUUCACCACGGAAGAGGAUUCUGAUCUGACAUGGAGGAUACACAUGGAUGGAAGAUUGAGGGGGUGACAUGUGCCUUCAGACCUAAGUUCGAGUAUUUUAAUUUAACAUGCCAUAUAUAUAAAACAUGUUUUUGCCUCUUUUAUACAUCUCCACUGAAAUGCACUUAUCAUUUAUCUGGUGGUGUUGAAUAUGAUUAUGGUUGUGCAUUGAUUUUCUUUGUACUUAUUAGUUUCCUGUAAGGCCUGUUUUAUUACUGCAAAUGUGAUUCCAAAUUAAAUCACUGGUUUGAAAAGAUG